CAGCUGCAGCAAUGGGCAAGUCCCAGUCACACUUGGCCAAAUACAAAGACGAGAGUCAGGACGCACUGACGGACACCGCCGAGACAGAUGAGGACAUAAAGAACGGUGAUGUAUCACAGUUCCCCUAUGUGGAGUUCACGGGACGGGACAGCGUCACUUGCCCCACAUGUCAGGGCACCGGCAGAAUCCCCCGAGGACAAGAGAACCAGCUUGUGGCUCUGAUUCCUUACAGCGACCAAAGGCUCAGGCCAAGCAGGACAAAGCUGUAUGUUACGAUAUCAGUGGUCCUUUGCCUGCUGCUGUCUGGCCUGGCCGUUUUCUUCUUAUUCCCUCGCUCUAUUGAAGUCUCCUAUGUGGGAGUGAAGUCUGUCUACGUCUCCUAUGACCAGGACCAACGAAUUGUCUAUCUCAACAUCACAAGUACCCUGAACAUCACCAAUAAUAACUACUACGCCAUAUCUGUGACCAACAUCACAGCACAAGUGCAGUUCUCCAAGACGGUGAUAGGCAAGGCCAAGUUCAGCAACAGCACAGUGAUCAUACCGCUGGAUGAACGGCAGCUUGACUACACCGUUCCCACCACCAUGUCUAAAGAUAUCAGUUAUAUGUAUGACUACUGCACCCUGUCAACCAUCAAAGUGCACAACAUUGUGCUCAUGAUGCAGGUGACGGUGACCACGACGUACUUCGGCCAUGCGGAGCAGGUUUCCCAGGAGAUGUACCAGUAUGUGGACUGUGGGGGGAACACCACCUCCUUGCAUGGACAUGUACAGGUCUACCAAUAAGGCAAGAGAAAGAGAGUCCAGGCAUGAAAAAGUGCUGGUCUUACAUAGGUCAACUGGGCUGACGUGCACAAGGAAAUCUUUGCUCAGUGACAUUUCAAUAACGUGUUAACCGGAACGGAAAAACAACUCUUCUUCAACUAGUCUGAGUGGCUCAUUCAUUCUUAUAGUGUCAACCACUUCCUUUCUUUUACAGCUCAAAUAUGAUGUUUAGAAUAAACCUCCAGAUGAGGGUUGAUUGUUUGCCAAACAGGCUAUCAGAGAAGAGUAAAAACUUACCUGCCAGAGCCUGAAUUUAGAAGGAUUUGCCUGGAGGUUUGUAGACAUGUUUCCACCAUGUUGCCAACAGAACAUAGAUUUGAUUUAAUACUAGUAUUUAAUCAGAUAAGAUGCACUUUAGCCUAAUCCUCAACAGAAAGUAAUAUGAAUGUUUGUAUGAGCACAGCACCAUACACCAGCG